AGAAGCAGAAGCAGAAGCAGAACACAGAAGCAGCUUCUUUAAGUGGUGAAGAAGCCCCACACACACUCAGCUUCUUAAUCUGUUUGGAUUGUAUCCAUGGCAGAGGUUGCUGCUCAGCCCAAAGAUACUUCUCCCACCACCGCCACUACUACUAGGAAUUCCGAUCCCGACGACAACCGUCUCGUCCGCGUAUACGCCGAUGGGAUCUACGAUCUCUUCCACUUCGGCCAUGCUCGCUCUCUUGAGCAAGCCAAAUUAUCGUUCCCUAAUACCUAUUUGCUCGUUGGUGUUUGCAAUGAUGAUACCACUCACAAGUAUAAGGGGAAAACUGUUAUGACGGAGUCCGAACGAUAUGAAUCUCUUCGUCAUUGCAAGUGGGUGGAUGAAGUCAUUCCUGAUGCACCGUGGGUAAUCAAUCAAGAAUUUCUUGACAAACAUAAUAUCGAAUAUGUAGCCCAUGACUCUCUACCUUAUGCUGAUGCAAGUGGAGCAGGAAAGGAUGUAUAUGAAUUUGUCAAAGCAGUUGGCAGGUUUAAGGAGACUAAAAGAACUGAAGGGAUAUCGACAUCAGACAUUAUAAUGAGGAUUGUAAAAGAUUAUAACCAGUAUGUGUUGCGUAACUUGGAUCGUGGGUAUACUAGAAAAGAGCUUGGAGUUAGUUUCGUGAAGGAAAAACGAUUGAGGGUGAACAUGAGAUUGAAGAAGUUACAGGAGAAAGUGAAGGAACAACAAGAAAAAGUUGGAGAAAAGAUUCAAACAGUUGCUAUGCAUCGUAAUGAAUGGGUAGAAAAUGCUGAUCGCUGGGUUGCUGGAUUUCUUGAGAUGUUUGAAGAAGGUUGCCAUAAAAUGGGCACUGCCAUUAUAGAUAGAUUUCAAGAGCGAUUGAGAGGGCAGCAGUCAGCAGGUCUGCUGGAGAAUGGUCAGGAGAUUACCGAUGAUGAUGCUGAAGAAUAUUACGAUGAUGAAGAUGAAGAGGAUUAUGAUGAGGAAGAAUAUUAUGACGAUGAAGAGUAUUAUGAAGAGGUAUAUGGGAAAGACUCAAAUAAUGAGAGAGAGGGCAGUGGUAACGGACAGAGUCAGAAAGAAAAAGAGGAGAAAUAAAAUAGUGACAAAGAAAAGAAGUAGGGGACUCUUUUCCAUGCUUGCAGUAUAUAUUGGUUGCUGAACUGUCACUGCUUGUUCAUGAAGUUCUGUAAACUACUAUACGAUUUCUUUUUGGUGGUGAGACAUGAUUUCCUGAAUUUACACUGGGAAGCACCAGUCACUAAAAAUACUUGUGGUGUAAUUUCAGCCUUUAAUCCCCAGACUUCAGUCUGGUUAGAGUA